AUGGUUUGCCGCAUGGGCAUCAACGGCUUCGGCCGCAUUGGCCGCCUGGUGUUUCGCGCUGCCAUGGCGAACCCCGAAGUGGAGGUCGUUGCAGUGAACGACCCUUUCAUGGACGUGCAGUACAUGGCCUACCAGCUUAAGUACGACUCCGUUCACGGAAAGUACCCCGGUGAGGUUAGCGUUAAGGACGGAAACUUGGUUGUCAACGGCAAGACCAUCAAUGUGUUCGCCGAGAAGGAGCCCUCUGCCAUCCCAUGGGGCAAGGUCGGAGCUCACUACGUGUGCGAGUCCACCGGUGUCUUCACCAACAAGGAGAAGGCCGGGCUCCACAUCGGUGGUGGUGCCAAGAAGGUUAUCAUCUCUGCUCCUCCCAAGGACGACACCCCCAUGUUCGUCAUGGGUGUGAACCACGAGGAGUACCAGUCCUCUCUCCAGGUGGUCUCCAACGCCUCCUGCACAACCAACUGCCUUGCUCCUCUUGCAAAGGUCGUUCACGAGAAGUUCGGCAUUGUUGAGGGUCUCAUGACAACUGUGCACGCUAUGACCGCCAACCAGCUCACCGUCGACGGUCCAUCCAAGGGUGGCAAGGACUGGAGAGCUGGACGUUGCGCAGGCAGCAACAUCAUCCCCGCAAGCACCGGAGCAGCAAAGGCCGUCGGCAAGGUUAUCCCUGCCCUCAACGGCAAGCUCACUGGUAUGGCCUUCCGUGUGCCCACACCCGACGUCUCCGUCGUCGACCUUACCUGCAAGUUGGCAAAGCCCGCCAAGUACGAGGACAUCGUCGCUGCCAUCCGCGCUGCCUCUGAGGGUCCCCUCAAGGGCAUCCUCGGCGUCACCGAUGAGGAAGUCGUCUCUCAGGACUUCUGCGGAGACAAGCACUCCUCCAUCUUCGACGUCAAGGCCGGUAUCCAGCUCAACGACACCUUCGUUAAGCUCGUCUCCUGGUAUGACAACGAGUGGGGAUACUCCAACAGACUUGUUGACCUCGCCAUCUACAUGUCCAAGAAGGACGGCAACUGA